CCCACCUCCAGAGCCGACGACGACUACGAGCCCACCCCCAGAACCAACGACGACGACGAGCCCACCCCCGGAACCAACCACGACUACGAGCCCACCCCCAGAGCCGACGACGACUACUAGCGCCUCUUUUGACCCAAUAACAACGACGACUAGUCCAUCUCCGGAUUCAACCACCACAUCUAGUCCACCUCCUGACCCGACCACCACUUCCAGUCCAUCUCCUGAUACAAGUAGCACCUCUAGCCCCAGUCCUACUCCGAGCACCACCUCCAGCCCUAGUCCCACUCAGGGUUCAACUUCCCAGACAACUACCACCAGCAGUGAGGAGGAACCAUCAACUACUUCAUUGACAUCUUCACCUCCUCCUCCUUUUACCCCCUCGAGCUCGACGACUAGUUUCUCAUCCACCCCGAUCCCUGGCCCUUCAACGACAACCUCGUCCCAGCAAAUCGGGCCCACGGAUCUCACCACUACUUCCACCUCUCUGGAGCCACCUCAAUCAACCACUUCGUUUCUAACCACCACUACCUCCUCAUCAGAUGACCCGAUUCCUGACACUACCACUUCCUACUCCUCUCUGUCCACAUCUAUCCCCGACUUUUCAAGCAGCUCACAAUCCUCCAUUAACCCACAACCCGGCUCAACCACAACCACCACAUCUUUGCAGUCCACCAUUGGUCCAAAUCCGGGCUCAACUACAACUUCACUCGACGACGUAAGCACUUCGUCAUCCUCGUCAACUCUAGGAUUUUCUUCUACUUCCAGCCAGACGAUCGGUCCAAAUCCUGGCUCAACUACAACUUCAGUCGAAGAUGUAAGCACUUCGUCAUCCUCGUCAACUCUAGGAUUCUCUUCUACUUCUAGCCGGACGAUCGGUCCAAUCCCGGGCUCCACGACUUCGUCCACAAGCAAAACACCUGGCGGCUCCUGGCCGAGCUUGCCCGCUGGAGACAAAGGUUGGGAUAUUGGCCAUGGGGAAGUCACAACGACGAUUCGAGCAACGUGGAUUGAGCCAUGCCCAACAGGCCUGACGACAAUAACAACCAGUAUCUCCACUACACAUUGUGGCUGCAGAGAUGAGCCAGUGCCUACUUUCUCAUUUACCACCACCACCACUAUCUGCCCACCAGGUUGGCCAAUCACCACGCCUUAUGUCGUCACGAAGCCAGUCCCACCGCCGAGGCCAACGGCCCAUACUAAGAUUACCACGACCGAUUCCAUCGGCGAGAUUAUCACGAUUACUCGGGGCCUUUUCGCACCCACUAAAACAGUUGUUGUGCCAGUUACUGUUGUUCCUUAUGCCCCUGGAUCUAACAAUGGUCACGGAGGUCCUCCAGCAGCUGGACCUGGCGGUAGUGUAAUAACCAUUACCGGUGCCCCAGUUACUCUCACCCCGGGCGCAAAGCCAACAGGUGGAGCUUCAUCUGUCCCAGUCAACGGUUCGCCAAAUGGAGCAACUCCAGAACCUGGCUCUGGUCAAGGUAAUGGAGGUCAAGGCGGUGCUGGACAUGAUGCGGGCGGUGCACCAGGAACGGGAGAUUCGUCUGGUCACCCAGGAGACAACACGGUACCUGGACAUCCUUCUGGGCCAGCAAUUCCUCCAGCCAGCUACACGGGUGAUGCACCCGAGAUUCUUGCCCUUGGCACAACGCUUCUUCUAUCGAUUGUCAUGGUCGCCUUCAUGUUCGUUGAGUUGUCGCUUUCGUGA